AUGUCGACAGCUCGAGCCCGACCCGCGAGCCAUGCUGAUAGCUGGUACAAGGCAGAUGCCCAGGACCUGUCUGAAGAGCUUGAGUCCAACCUCGACGAAGUUCCUAGCUCGCUCGACGAGAGCCAACUUCCGAUCCCAAAUGCUAGGAUCAUCAUUGCACCACAUGCCGGCUACGACUACUCGGGGAGGGUAUUCGUGCUCGGCCCUUCCCACACGUACUACCUCGACGGCUGCGCCGCAACGACAUGCAACAUAUACGAGACCCCGUUUGGCAACCUCAACGUGGACACGUCCACGCUCGCCAAGAUCAAGCAGGACGGAGGCUUCAGGGACAUCCCCUUCAAGAACGACGUCUCGGAGCACUCGCUCGAGAUGCACCUACCCUACAUCUACAAGCGCAUGGAGCAGACGUUUGCCUCGCCCGACGAGUUCCCCGUCGUCGUCCCCUUACUCAUCGGCGACAACGACAAGCGCGAGGAGAAGGAGGUGGGCAAGCUGCUCGCCCCGUACCUCGCCGACCCGGAAAACGCCUUUGUCAUCAGCUCCGACUUUUGCCACUGGGGCCGCCGCUUCGACUACGCCGUAUACUCGCCGACGGCCGAGCUCGGCAGUCUCAGGUCCUUGUCGCGAUCCGACCGGAGGGUCGACGGCCGCCCGAUACACGAGACCAUCAAGAUGGUGGACCAGCUCGCCAUCGAGGCCAUCGAGACGGGCCGGCACGACACCUUUUUCGAUAACCUCCGGGAGACGAAGAACACGGUGUGCGGAAGACAUCCCAUUGGCGUUGCGAUGGCUGCGUUGGAGGAGGUUGUAUAG